ACCUUUAGAAAAACACAGAAAGUGUCCCAAGAUACUGCUUAAAAGUAAAUCGAUCAAAAGAUAACAUGAGAAAGUAUAGGAGAAAGCAACGUCAUUCCCCUCGUAUUGUAGACAAGUUAUCGUUCUUUUGAGCUUUCGUCAAGAUUUUGCAGUUUUUUCAUGUUUAUGUCUCAAGCGCGAACAAUAAAAGAGAUUAGAAGACAAGUGAUUUGCAGUGUGAUACAAGCAGCAUGUCAACCUGGUAGAUGCAACACAUGGGUGCGGUUGUUUGAAAUACUGGGUCUAUUUUACUUCCUCAGCGAUGUGUACUGUUUAUGAUGUCUUCAAGCAGGUCCAUAGGAGGCCAACAGACUUCAAAUCAAGGGAUUCCUUCCCGUCUUUGGACCUUGCUGACUGGGAUAGAGUUCGUGAGAGCAUCAGCCGUAAGUCAAGCAUGCCAUAUAAUGGUUUGGAAUGGCUUAAUGAUGAUAAAUGCGACAAUGACGACGACGACGACGAUGGAGAUGGUGGAGCGGCUGAGUCGGAUUACUCGUCAGAUGAUCCAGAAGAUGACCCUGUCGAGAGGGUUAGGCUAGAGAAUGCUGCCUCCGUGCCGAACUACAGCAGGUCCGCUAAGACCAGAACACAAUCUGCCUUCUCUUGGAUACCAAGUAAAGCCCUUGAUAAACAAACCUUUGAAAUACGACGAGCCAUAGCCCGCCAGUCUAUUUCCAGAGGAAUCACUUUCGACUUGCCAGCUAGCCAGACCAAACUCUCCAUCAAUUCCGAAUUCCAGCCAGAACUCUACGGGUUAUUCACCAAGAAGUUUAGACACGAACACGACCUUUGGAGGGAGCGCCGUGGUGGAACGUCCCCGCGAUAUCUAAGCCAACCACCCAAACUGAAACCUCCUCCACCUCCGAAGAGAUUCAUCCCAGAGAUCACUACCCACUUUCCUCGAGAACUGUUCAUGAUCGAUAGGAAUCCUAAGAUUGAAGAGCAACCCACGUUUCGGUCAUCUGACCUGCAUAGCGGUAACGUGACCUUACCAACUGACGGAAUGCCUACGCUUCGUAUGCGACGGAGGUCUUUGACGGGAGGCAAGACAUCACUAGAUCUGCAGGAGGACACCGUGAAUCUAUGGCGAAACAACACCGUGCUGAAAGCAAAGGAUGCCUUCAAGAAGUCCAUUCUGAAAUGGAAGGCAGGAGCAAAGAAUAAUGAGGAGGACUAUCUGGAGGGAAGCAAACGAGCUGAGGUGUUAGCUUGGCUAGACAAGAUGAAACUUAAUUGAACAGCUUGUGAUCAAUCCAUUCCUAUUUUAUCAGCCGAAUAAUGAAUGGAUCAAAAAAAUCUCAAUCCUUUUUAUAUUAUUGGGGGGGGGGGGUAUAUAUAUAUUCACAAGUUUCAUAAAAUCAAUUUAUAAAAAGACUUGUAUGGUAUGGUGAAUAUUGUAAUAAUGUGCCCGAGAAAUAAAUGAUUCAAUAAAUAAUAGACAGAUGACGCAGGUAACGGGGGGGGGGGGUGGCACUGGCAAUAUAAAGUUAAUGUAUAUAGCACACACAACCUCUUAAUUUGGGGGAUUCGAACAUACUCGUUCGCUUUUCCAUACAAAGGAUAAAUCUCGGAAUGGUAAUAUGUUUUCUUUAGACUAUGACGUAUGCUUGCCAUUCUCCAACCUGACAUGUACCAUAUGAAAUGAUAUCAGGUAAUUCAACAAUAUCAAUUUGAAUGUGCACAGUCGAAGAGUAAUGAUUCAAAACAAUAGAAGCAUUUUGUAGCCAAUAUGCCCUUUUACAAAGUGUAAUAUGGUUUGAAAAUUGUACAUAAAAUACAAGAAUCAUUACACACUACUCGGCGAAUUUAUUGUUCAUAUCAUGACAUUAUCUAAACUUACUCACUUAUUCGACACAUUAAAACAUUUUCUUGCCUUUCUAUAUGUCAUGAGUACUCGUAAAUAAUGGCAAUACUUUUUUCAGUCAAUUUGCUUCCAUUUUAAAUACCAAAAAUAUUGUUUGAAGGGGAAUAAUUGUUCAUUCUUUUAUGUUUUCACGACAUAAUUGUCCGAAACAGUAAUAAGGUUAAGCAGUCCACAUUAAAUUGAGACUUACUAUUUCCUACUGAACUUUUGAUAAUGUUUAAUUACGUGAAUUCCAGUUUCCAUACUUACCCAUCUUCACUAAACAACAUUUGAUACAUUGUCUUUAAUAUUUGUGCAAUUAAAGAACACAAAAUAUGGAA